AUGAACAAAAUUCAGAGCGCAUUUACAAUUUUUCGACAACCGAGAAAGACUACUUUCGUGACCGGGGUUACCGGGUUUCUCGUAGGGUCUGCUGUAAUAGGUCUAGGAAGUUCGCCUGUAAUACUCUUUGAGGGAGAAAGGCCUAAGAAGCUCAGUAUUUAUGACGAUCCGAAGCCGGAUAUUGUGCUUGAGGAGUCACCCACCAAUUUGGAAAAAGGGAUUAGAAGAACAAGGGUUCAAAUUACGCAAGCAGCUAGUGAUUUAGAG